UUCAAUCGAGGCCGUCAAUCUCAAACCGACCCACCUCCGCCUCCGAGCCACCGUCCUCACGCACGCACCUUCACACACCACCGUCGAACGGCGCGCGCCGGAGAAGAUUUUGCCGCCACCGGCGCCUUCCCCUCCCCGGCGAACGACGCCGCCGCCGCCACCGCCACCGUCGCCGCCGCGCGUCCGGGCCCCUACCAUCCACCCGGCGGCCGUCGGCCAUUGUCUCACCGUGCGCCGCCCGAAUGCGAGGCCGCCAUCUCCUAAGCCCUCUCUUAUCCCCUCUCGCCUACCCAAAACCCCCCUCCUCUCGCCUCGCUCCCCGCCGCGUCGCCAGCCACCGCACCGUAGCCCCGCCGCCCGCCGCGCGCCGCGCCCCACUGUCCGAGCCCGACGUCGGCAUCUCCCUCUUCGCCUCCGCCCUCCCGGGCUUCCGCGGCGCCCUCAAGCAGCGCUACUCCGACUUCGUCGUCCACGAGGUCGCCCUCGACGGCUCCCUCGUCCGCCUCACCUCCUUCGACCUCCCCGACGGCGAGUGUGUAGAUGCGAAGGAAGGCGGCAUGGACGAAGCACAGGCGCUGGAAUCGUUCCGGCUGCUCUGCGGCGACGCGGACUGUGAGGCAUUGAGGGGGUUUCUGGAGAGGGUUUCAGAGGGAGGCGACAGCGAUGUCUCACCGAUCAUUCUCUCUGCUGAUGCCGACAAGACUCAUCGCUCGGAAGUUCAUGAUUUCUUCAAGAGGAACUUCGAGGCCUUGCUUACAGAUACAGUUGAGCACAGCGAUGGAAUCCAGAGGUGCAUCAGGGUGAGGUUGAAGCCGGGGCGACGCGAACGGAGGGAUGUUGAUGGGAGGGGGAGGAAUAGGAAAGGCACGGGAAGUUCGGGCUGGAGAGAUGACAAGCCAUUUGAUAGUAGAGGAUCUAUAAUCUGGCCUGACCAUCUAGGGAAGUUCAUAAGGUUUCAUCUUUACAAGGAGAACAAGGACACCCAAGAGGCACUAGGAAAGAUAGGCAAGAUGCUAGGGCUUCAGCCUCGAUCAUUCGGGUUUGCAGGAACAAAGGAUAAACGCGCUGUUACAACUCAACAGGUCACGGUUUUCAAGGUGCAAGCUAGUAGGUUGGUUGCUCUUAACAGUAAGCUCAUUGGCAUUAAAGUUGGAGACUUCAGUUAUGUGAAGGAAGGUCUUGCUCUUGGUCAACUGAUGGGGAACCGAUUUACAAUUACCUUGAGGAGUGUUGUUACAGAGUCUGAAGAUGUGAUUAAGGCUGCUCUUGAUGGAUUAAUAACAAAUGGAUUUAUCAAUUAUUAUGGUCUACAACGCUUUGGUAGUGGUUCAGUGCCGAAUCACCAAGUUGGUGUUGCUUUGCUUAGAGGAGAGUGGAGAAAUGCUGUUCAAUUGAUUCUUGGUCCAAGGGAAGGAGAAUGUGAUAACAUAAAUAAAGUGAGGGAGCAUUUUAAGGAAUAUGGUGACAUUGGCACGGCACUUAGGAACUUCCCUCGAUAUCUCAUAACAGAGAGGGCUAUCCUUCAGCGCUUGAAGAAGUACCCUGGCAACUAUCUACAAGCACUAAUGGCUAUACCUAGAACACUGAGACUGAUGUAUGUGCAUAGUUACCAGAGUUACUUAUGGAACCAUGCUGCAAGUAUGAGAGUUCAAAAGUAUGGUAUUUCACGAGUUGUAGAAGGUGACUUGGUUUACAAAAAGGAAGCCCCUUUUGAACAAGGAGCUUUAAAGGCUACUUCAGAAGAUGACGGUCAAACUAUGUCAUCUGAAAUGAACGCAUGUUGUGAAACGCUUCCAGAAGAAAUGAUCCAGUCUGUCAAGAUAGCGGAUUCUGAAGAUUUAUCAAAGUCCCUGUACACAUUUGAGGAUGUAGUCCUCCCUUUGCCUGGUUCAGAAACAUUGUUUCCUGGGAACGAAGUUGCUGGAAUUUAUCAUGAAAUAGCUAUGAAGGAUGGCAUUAAUCUAAGAGAGAGUGUCCAUGGUGUCGAGGACUUCUCUAUUACAAGGAUGAAAGGAGGUUAUCGUCGGGUGAUCCAGCGACCUAUUGAUUUUGAAUGGGAUCUCAUCACUUAUACAGAUGAGAAAAUACCUUUAGUAGAAACGGAUUUAGAUGUUUUGUCUAAAACGAAGCCAUUAGAAGUAAAUGAACUACUAUCAGAUGGGAUUUCCAGCUGUACAUCACAUGAUUCUGGGCUGGAAGCUUCAUUGGAUGCCUCUGAAUCAAUAAAUGGAGCUAGCCUAGUAGUAGCAGAAGCCAAAUCUAUUGGCAGCUCGGAUAUGUUGGAGAAACUGGCCAUAAAAUUAGCAUUUACUCUACCAGCAUCAUCUUAUGCUACAAUGGCUAUUAGGGAGUUGAUGAAGACUUCAACUUCGGUUGCUCAUCAGAAAACAUUAAACAUCUGAACCUUCGGCCAUUUGCAUUAUUUAUGAAACUAAUCUCUGAUCUAAAGGACAUGGAUGUUUAGCAUGCAUGUUAUGUUACGUGAGUAAAUAUUCUCUCAUUUUACUGAUUAGUUUUUGUCUAGUCCUUAAUCGUAAUGCUAUUUUUUGGGGGGAGUUAGUAAUCCGCUGUUUCUUUGUGCUUGCAAUGUCACUCUUGUACUGCAAUGGGAGAAAAAUCUAAGUCUGAUCCUUCAAAAAAGAAAGAGAGAGAAGGAAAGGCCACUGAAGCGUCGUGACUCGUAAACAUGCUUAGCUCAUCUGGUGUGUAACACCAGAAUUACAUAUUACCGAUUUGUCCAUGUAACCGCUCGUGCAUAUUACUACAGUCACGUACUGGGAAUUGCCUGUAGUGAACUAGUGAUAUGUACUAAUGUUUGGUUAUCAACUACUCCGCUUUAUCGCAGUUUGACAUGCAUAAGGUUUGUCAACUUCAAUUAUACUGGCAGCUGUUUAGCU